AUGAUUUUGAAUAUUUUAUCAACAGAUGUUUCUAUUUCUUCACUUAAAGAUAAAUGUUUUAAGAAUGUUGACACAGUUAAUCUUUAUUUGGUCAGUGAUACUAGUACUAGCAUCAACUCAGAUAUGUUCAUUAACUCAAAAAUCAAAGUAUUUAAUGCAGAAUUGACAAAAAUCAAUAAAAUUUGGUCUGGUGCAUUCACAAAUUGUUCAUCUCUUAAGUCUAUUUUACUUCCAAAAGGUGUUGAUUUCAACUUUACAGAAAUUUUAAUCAACUGUAAAAACAUCGAAACAUUUAAAGCACUUCUAACUUACGUUACAUCUCCUGAAGAUAUCAACAAUGCAUCCGUCGUAAUCUCAUCAAAACAAUUCAAGCUAUCAGAGCUCAAUUGUUUAAAGUACAAAGAUAUAGUGAAUAUUUCAAUUGUGUUUUGCAACGAAGCAACAAUUCCAAGAAAUUCAUUCAAAGAAUUGAACAAACUACGAAGAUUCGAUUUAUCACAAUCAAAAAUAUCAUCCAUUGGAACGGGUGCAUUUACAAAUAUUAACUCAAUAUUUGAGUUAAUGCUACCAAAAUCACGAAUAACUAUUUUAGAAGAUGCUUUCAAGAACGUAACAAUUAAACAAUUAAAAGUUACAUCUAACUUGGCACUUAAUAAGGGUGCAUUCAACAACUGUACAAUUAAUGAAAUUUACAUAGAUGAAGGCGUUACAGAUUUCAAUGUUGGUCCAUUCAACAAAUGUGGUGACAAUCUCACUAUCAACGUGAAUGUAAAUAAUACUCUAUUCAAAUGGGAACAAUUUUUGCUGAAAAAGAUACAGAGAGGUUUAAGAAAACUUCGUGCAGAAUCAGAUCAAUAUGAGUUGAUCUACAUUCCUGCAGCAUCAGAUGUAGUUCUCAACAUCUCAGAAUAUAAAAUUGAGCCACAUGCACUUUCGUAUUGCCAAAAAUAUGCUAUCAUUGCAAACCCGAAGUCAAUGGAUUCAUUGAUAGAAACAUGUAACUCUGGCGGUGAUAGUGCAACUGUAUUUUUACCAUCUGAAGUAGACUCAUUUGAUUAUCGUUACUUCAAUUGCAGAUCCAAGGUUUGUUCACUGAAUUGCAAGGGAACAAAUGAUCCACCUCGAACACCAUAUCCAACACCAAUUCCAACACCCGUACCAAUCAAUUCAGAGAAUGCUAUGCAGAAAGACAGCGUUGAACAAGUAACUCCAGUUUUAUCUGUCCAAGAUGAUGGAAAAACAGUUCAAAUGACAGCAACAUUGUCAGAACUUGUUACACAAUCGGAAACAGAUACUGAAACAACAGAAAUUUCCAUCACAGAUACAAAUAGUUCAUUGACAACGACAUAUGUUAUUGUUUACAUAAGAACAUUGAUUGAUAUCGUAACAAUGACAUACACAAACAUCUGGAUUGAAUAUAAUGAUGUUGAAACUCGUCCGGGACUUUCCACAGGUAAAGUCAUUUUAUUGUCAACAGGAUGUGUUGUUCUUGUAUUUUUGGUCGUUAUGAUGGGCCUUUAUCUAUAUCGACGUACAAAAGAUAAUGUUGAUAAUGAUUCAUCAACAUCAUUCACUGAAAUGGAAAAGGAUAUUGGCCACGUUAUAGAUCCACAAAAAGAUGAUUUUGAUAUUGAAAGUGACCCUGAAAACAACCUUGAUGAAACAACUCGCGAUAAUCCUUUGACAAUAACAAAUGAUUCGGAUGAUAUGAAAUACGAUAGCUAUAGCUAUGAUACGGACAAAAAAUCAAACAAUAAUCUUAUGAAUUUCGAAAUUUAA